AUGUUCGUAGCAGUGUUUUACUGGGUCCUCACUGUGUUCCUUUUAAUUAUAUACAUCACCAGAGCAUAUACCAGAAUCCCCAAGGUCCCUUGGACAUUAGUAAGUCUAUGUUUUUAUGGAAGUGCCUUUGUUUUAUACCUCAUUGCUGCUGUGGUAGAUGCAACUUCAAUAACCAAAGAAAUUGUCGAUCACAACUACAAUAGUUGGACGGCGUCUGCGGUGAGUGGUUUUUUUUGCUUUUUUAGUCUGUGUAGAAUUAAAUUUUGUCUUCAUAAAAUGAAGGGGGAUGGGUCCAACUUCUGUAUGUGGGGAAGCAUCCCCAGUGAAUUCCAUCCAUGUCAAUUCCUCCUUAACCAUUUGUCUACCGGGCACUUUUACCCCCUUCAUGCCCAGGCCAAUUUUCAGUUUUCAGUGCUGUGA